AGGAGGCUGCUGUCACUUUAAAAUUUACUGAAAGAAGAGCCCAGCUUCCGAUCACUCUGGGCGGCUUCUCCCUCUCCCCGGGUUCUUUCUGGAUGGCCGAGCAGAUCUUCUUUAAAGAGACAGUUCAUGAAAUAGAAACCCGGCUGCUGAGCUCGGAGUUGCGAAAGGGGACUGUCCGGGAGGGUCUGGGACCGCGCAGGCUGCGGCGGAGCUGAGCGGGGUCGCGCUGCCCUCGCCGCGGACCCCCACCUUCGCGCGCUCUGCUCCUCCAGCCUGUGCGCCCCCCUCGGGCUUGGGAACCAGAAGUGGAAGAAGUUUUAGUGGGUUUCAGAUAACUUUCAUUACACAUCGGGCUGAUAAGAGCAAGAGAAAGUGAGAAAAGAGGGAGGUGAUGUGAACCAGGAGGCAUAGCUGCGAGCUCGUUUAGGAAGGAAAAAAAAAAAAAAAAAAGCCAAAGACACCCAUCCCGGGUCACUCAGACGAGAGAAGACUUCAUUUCUGGUCUUAAAACACACUGGUGGAGGACAAUAAAUCUGAAACGCGUGGUCCCGGCGAGCAGAUCCUAGAGACGGACAAAGUUAUCAGAGACCCUUUUGGAAAUCGAGACGCGAGGCUUGUUUUUUUUUUUUUUUUUUUUUUUUUUUUUUUUCUUCUCUCUCUUUUUUUUAAAAACAACUCGAAAAAUGUUGCUGGGGAUCGUUUGAAAGGAUUUUCGUGCAUGAGCGUUGAGGGCUGCUGAUUAUUUUAUUUUGUUUAUUUCUUCUGUGAUUGCCUUUUAUUGCUGAGUUGAGGCCAUAGAAAUCUUAAGAUCUUAGAUGAGUUUUGCAAUGUCAAGUUCUGCAUAGAUGCCAGUCAACCAGAUGUAGGAAGCUGGCUCAAGUACAUCAGGUUCGCUGGCUGUUAUGAUCAGCACAACCUUGUUGCGUGCCAGAUAGAUGAUCAGAUAUUCUAUAGAGUAAUCACAGACAUUGCACCAGGAGAGGAACUCCUGCUGUUCAUGAAGAGUGAAGACUAUCCCCAUGAAGCCAUGGCGCCUGACAUCCACGAAGAACGACAAUAUCGUUGUGAGGACUGUGACCAGAUCUUUGAAUCCAAAGCUGAACUAGCAGAUCACCAAAAGUUUCCCUGUAGCACACCUCAUUCAGCAUUCUCAAUGGUGGAAGAGGACUUUCAACAAAAACUUGAAAGUGAAAACGACCUCCGAGAGAUACACAGCAUCCAGGAGUGUAAGGAAUGUGACCAAGUUUUUCCUGAUUUGCAAAGCUUGGAGAAGCACAUGUCGUCACAUACUGAGGAGAGGGAAUACAAGUGCGAUCAGUGUCCCAAGGCAUUUAACUGGAAGUCCAAUUUAAUUCGCCACCAGAUGUCACAUGACAGUGGAAAGCACUAUGAAUGUGAGAACUGUGCCAAGCAGGUUUUCACGGACCCUAGCAACCUUCAGCGGCACAUUCGCUCUCAGCAUGUUGGUGCCCGGGCCCAUGCGUGCCCGGAGUGUGGCAAAACGUUUGCCACGUCGUCAGGCCUCAAACAACACAAGCACAUCCACAGCAGUGUGAAGCCCUUUAUCUGUGAGGUCUGCCAUAAAUCCUAUACUCAGUUUUCAAACCUUUGUCGUCAUAAGCGCAUGCAUGCUGAUUGCAGAACCCAAAUCAAGUGCAAAGACUGUGGACAAAUGUUCAGCACUACGUCUUCCUUAAAUAAACACAGGAGGUUUUGUGAGGGCAAGAACCAUUUUGCGGCAGGUGGAUUUUUUGGCCAAGGCAUUUCACUUCCUGGAACCCCAGCUAUGGAUAAAACGUCCAUGGUUAAUAUGAGUCAUGCCAACCCGGGCCUUGCUGACUAUUUUGGUGCCAAUAGGCAUCCUGCUGGUCUUACCUUUCCAACAGCUCCUGGAUUUUCUUUUAGCUUCCCUGGUCUGUUUCCUUCCGGCUUGUACCACAGGCCUCCUUUGAUACCUGCUAGUUCUCCUGUUAAAGGACUACCAAGUACUGAACAGACAAACAAAAGUCAAAGUCCCCUCAUGACACAUCCUCAGAUACUACCAGCUACACAGGAUAUUUUGAAGGCACUAUCUAAACACCCACCUGUAGGGGACAAUAAGCCAGUGGAGCUCCAGCCCGAGAGGUCCUCUGAAGAGAGGCCCCUUGAGAAAAUCAGUGACCAGUCAGAGAGUAGUGACCUUGAUGAUGUCAGUACGCCAAGUGGCAGUGACCUGGAGACAACCUCGGGCUCUGAUCUGGAAAGUGACAUUGAAAGUGAUAAAGAGAAAUUUAAAGAAAAUGGUAAAAUGUUCAAAGACAAAGUAAGCCCUCUUCAGAAUCUGGCUUCAAUAAAUAAUAAGAAAGAAUACAGCAAUCAUUCCAUUUUCUCACCAUCUUUAGAGGAGCAAACUGCCGUGUCAGGAGCUGUGAAUGAUUCUAUAAAGGCUAUUGCUUCUAUUGCUGAAAAAUACUUUGGUUCAACAGGACUGGUGGGGCUGCAAGACAAAAAAGUUGGAGCUUUACCUUACCCUUCCAUGUUUCCCCUCCCAUUUUUUCCAGCAUUCUCUCAAUCAAUGUACCCAUUUCCUGAUAGAGACUUGAGAUCGUUACCUUUGAAAAUGGAGCCCCAAUCACCAAGCGAAGCAAAGAAACUACAGAAGGGAAGCUCAGAGUCUCCCUUUGAUCUCACCACUAGGCGAAAGGAUGAGAAACCCUUGACUCCUGCCCCCUCCAAGCCUCCAGCCACACCUGCCACAAGCCAAGACCAGCCCCUGGAUCUAAGUAUGGGCAGUAGGAGUAGAGCCAGUGGGGCCAAGCUGACUGAACCUCGAAAGAACCAUGUGUUUGGGGAAAAGAAAGGAAGCAAUGCUGAAGCCAGGCCAGCGUCAGAUGGCUCCUUGCAGCAUGCAAGGCCCACUCCCUUCUUUAUGGACCCUAUUUACAGAGUAGAGAAAAGAAAACUAACUGACCCACUUGAAGCUUUAAAAGAGAAAUACUUGAGACCUUCUCCAGGAUUCCUAUUUCACCCACAAUUCCAAGUGCCUGAUCAGAGAACUUGGAUGUCAGCUAUUGAAAACAUGGCAGAAAAGCUAGAGGGCUUCAGUGCCCUGAAACCUGAAGCCAGUGAGCUGCUGCAGUCAGUGCCCUCUAUGUUCAAUUUCAGAGCACCUCCCAGUACCCUGCCGGAGAACCUACUGCGUAAGGGAAAGGAGCGUUAUACCUGCAGAUACUGUGGUAAGAUUUUUCCGAGGUCUGCGAACCUAACACGGCACUUGAGAACCCACACAGGAGAACAGCCUUACAGAUGCAAAUACUGUGACAGAUCGUUCAGCAUAUCUUCUAACUUGCAGCGGCACGUUCGCAACAUCCACAAUAAGGAGAAGCCGUUUAAAUGUCACUUGUGUGAUAGGUGUUUUGGUCAGCAAACCAACUUAGACAGACACUUAAAGAAGCACGAGAACGGGAACAUGUCUGGUACAGCGACAUCAUCACCUCACUCUGAACUGGAAAGCACAGGCGCCAUCCUGGAUGACAAGGAAGAUGCUUACUUCACAGAAAUUCGGAAUUUCAUUGGGAAUAGCAGUCACAGCAGCCAGUCUCCCAGGAAUGCAGAGGAGAGAAUAAAUGGCAGUCACUAUAAGGAUGAGAAGGUAUUGGUGACUGGUCAGAAUUCAGAUUUACUGGAUGAUGAGGAAGUGGAAGACGAGGUGUUGUUGGAUGAGGAGGAUGAAGACAACGAACUCACAGGAAAACCCGCGAAGGAGCCCGUGGCCAGCAGUCUGCAUGAAGGAAGCCCUGAAGAUGACUUUGAAGAAGCUGGUGCCCUGGAGAUGAGUUGUAAGACGUCCCCAGUGAGGUAUAAAGAGGAAGAAUAUAAAACUGGACUUUCUGCUCUAGAUCACAUAAGGCACUUCACAGACAGCCUCAAAAUGAGGAAAAUGGAAGAUAAUCAAUAUACUGAAGCUGAGCUGUCUUCUUUUGGUACUGCCCAUGUGCCAGAGGAACUUAAGCAGCCGCUACACAGAAAGUCCAAGUCACAGGCGUAUGCUAUGAUGCUGUCAUUGUCUGACAAGGAAGCCCUCCAUUCAGCGUCUCACAGUUCUUCCGCCGUGUGGCACAGCAUGGCAAGGGCUGCAGCAGAAUCCAGUGCCAUCCAGUCUAUCAGCCGUGUAUGACAUACUAAGCUUGACCAGAAUGGGACCAAGUCCACCAGUAGCAUGGUUCUUUCCUAUAGGACUAUUUACAAGACUGCUGAGCAGAAUGCCUUAUAAAUCUGAAAGGUCACUCAUUUAAAGUCUGGUGACCUUAAACUGAAUGAUUAAAGAAAAAAGAAAGACAAAGGAAACUAUUUAUUCUCGAUUUUUUUUUUUUUUUUUUUUUUUGCACAGCAAAUGCAGCUGCUGACUUCUGGAGGAUCAGUUUGACUUAAAGUGAGUCCGUGGAAAUGAAAAACUUGCUGGGCAAAAGGCAUCUUCCAGUUCACCCUGCCUAGGGUGUGGGUGGGCAAGAGGGGCAGUUGAGAUGGCAGCCUUGAUAUGAACGAACACUCCGUAGAAACCGAAUUCUUAUCUGUACAAGAUUACCUGAAAUGAUUGGGAACAGUUGCUUUGAAUUACAGAUUUAAUUUUUCUCUUUGUUAAAGUCUUCUGUAAUUUAACCCUUUGAAGAUGGAAGUAGCUGGGUGAAAUGCACAGUCAAUUAUUAUAGAAACUGAUGAAAGGGAGUAUUUGUUCCCCCCUUUAACUUUUGCCUUCUUAAAUACAUGGCUUAAAACUAGGGGAAAAGGGUCUGUGUAUAUUGUAAACUAUGGAUGUUCAUGCUUCAGGAGGUUAAGUCAGUGAUUUAACCUGUUCAUCACCAGUACCGACGUACCACUAAUAAAAUGUUUGCCAAAUGCUUGUAAUAACAUCUUCAUUUUAGACAAUCAUGUCACUGGUUUUUAAUGUUUAAUUUUUUUGUGUUGUGUGUAUCAUGUAUUUAUUUGUUGGCAAACUAUUGAUUGUUGAUUAAAAUAGCACUGUUCCAGUCAGCCACUAUUCUAUGAUGUUAGAGGCACACCCCUCUCUCAAUUGCAAGGACCAAGGUGACUGGACCUGUGUGUGGGAGUGCCGAAUGGGGUUUGGCUUUUCUUAACAUUCCUUUUUUUGGUUGUUGUUUUGUUUUCCUUCUUAAUGAGCUAAAUAUGAAUAGAUGCAACUUAGUUUUUGUAAUACUAAAAUUGAUUCAAUUGUAUAAACGAUUAUAAUUUCUUUCAUGAAAGCAUGAUUCUUCUGAUUAAAAACUGUACCCCAUAUUAUGCUGGUUGUCUGCAAGCUUGUGCGAUGUUACGUUCAUGUUAAUCCUAUUUGUAAAAUGAAGUGUUCCCGACCUUAUGUUAAAAGAGAGAAGUAAAUAUCAGACUGUAUUCAGUUAUUUUUCCUUUUAUUGAGGAACAAGAUUUGUUUUGUUUUUUGUUUGUUGUUUGUUUGUAAUCUCAUUUUGAAAUAAUCGGCAAGUUGAGGUACUUUCUUCAAAUGCUUUGUACAAUAUAAACUGUUAUGCCUUUCAGUGCAUUACUAUGGGAGGAGCAACUAAAAAAUAAAGACUUAAAAAAAUGUC